GCUAGAGCGCUUAACUUUUCAAACGGGACCCAAACACACGCUCACACGGGACAGGGGACACUCAACGAAAAGCUUUCAGCAGACUAUUUCGUUAUUUCUAUGUCGGCUUAAUCAUUCGUCGGACAUGUCUAAUUAAAGAGGACUUCUUCAAACCGGACAGGAUAACAAAUCAGCAUUAUUUAAUGGCGAUGUGGAUAAUGUUCUUCUCUUAAACGUCGCAAUGGUUUAUAUUCAUGAAGGCGAUCAAAGGACUGAGAUGAGAGGCAGGACGACUGAUGAUGUUUAGUAGUGACACUUUCACGCGCAACAUGUGUGGUUACUCUGACAGCACACAGAGCGCACAGACUGGGAAAUAUUAAAAACCUGACAUUUGCACUAAUACAUUCUAUUCUUGAACAUGUUAAAAUGAUCUCGGAGGAAAGAAGCAAUCACAUCCCUAAACAAGCGCUGGGUUUUCCAGUUGGGUUAUUGAUCCGCUCGCCCAAAAGACGCCUGGCAAUGCCAAGCAGAAAGACCAGCAAUGGAUCUCUACAGUCCAGCACCUCUGAUAGCACGGCUCAGUCUGUGGAGAGCACUGGAGUCCGGCAGCCGGCCAAGAGCAAGAUACGCCGACACAACAACAGGCUGUCCACGGUGUUCAACCGAAGCCCUGUUCUGCCAAACCGAUGGCCAGGUCAGGACAGCAGAACCCUAGACCUGCAAGUAGCGGACGACCCCGCAGAGCUGUCCUGUCAGAGGACUAUCCCAGGGAUCCUCAAGAUAUUUGGCAGUGACAUCUGCCAAGGAGCCAACUACAAGAGCGUGCUGGCCACCAGCCAGUCCAGUGCCAAAGAGCUGGUCAAAGAGGCUCUGGAGAGAUACUGCUUGGAAAAGGAAGACUCCAGUACAUAUGUGCUUUGUGAUGUGAUUGGCCGAACUGGGUUGGACCACGAAUGGAAGACGGAGUGCUGUCGGGUUGUCGGUGACCAUGAGAAGCCCCUCAUGUUGCAGUCACUCUGGAAACCCAAGGAGGGGUUCUCCAGGCGUUUCGAGAUCCAGAAAAGAGAAAACGUGGAGGCGCUAAGUGCCAAGAAUACAGACACCGUCACUGCAGGCCUCAAUGCUCAAGCCCGAAAGCUGCAGCACGCCCGUUCGCGGGUCACCUCCCUGUUUGUGGAUAGGGCGAAUGAAGGGCUGGAUGCUCUUGGAAUCUGGAGGAGCUUGAGUGACAUGGACGUCUCAACCAUGGGAAAAGAAGCCAGUGAGACCCAUAAUGCACCUCUACAGGAGGAUCCUGAGGCAGAGGCUGAUAAAGAUGAUCACUGCCUCAACGCAGAGAAAGAGGAGACGGAAAGCAGCGAUGACAACAACACACAGUACUCCAUCCACCUGCCCUUUGAUUUCCCAUAUUUCCUUCUGCUGCAAGGAUUCAACCACAGACAGGACUUUCUGGUCUACCUGAUGAGUGGGAACAGUUGUAUAUUUGGCUCCUCCAUUGGUAAGAAUGAUGAGCCCCUUAAAGUGGACAUCCUACUCUUUGCUCCUGACAUCCUAGCUCAGCACUGCUGUGCACAGCGCCUUGAUGCCACCAGUGACCAAACCAAGGGAAGUAGCAAGAUGCAAACCAUGCUCAGACCCCUCCACAGCGCACAUGUUACACACAACGGUGUCCCCCUUGAUGACGAGGUUGAGUUGUGUCCAGGGGACCUGGUGGGGCUCGGUCAGCACUAUCUAUUUAUGUUUAAGGACCCUACAGCCUCAGGAGCCUUUCAGACCCCAUCCUGGAUGGCCACGCUGUGUCCUCCUGCCACAGCAUCACCCUGUAAUAAGUGUGGAACAUCCGUCAGGAGGACGAGGACUCAAAAAAUGGCCGCCCGCUGGAGGGACUUGGACGGAAGGGUGGUGUCGCUGUCCUAUCAGGUGCAGCAUGAAGAUCAGGUCUUGGAGAAGAUUCUCAGUAUGGUGGACCCAGAAGAGGAAGAACCUAAACUUACUCCAGCUUUUCUGCUCUGUCUGUGCAUUCAGCACUCCACCACCAACUUUGAGUUGGUUCACCUCCGGAAAUUGCUGCUCUCUAUUGCUAAUCAGAUCCAGCUCACCAUGUGGGAAAGAACAAAAGAACUCGCAGCUCUGCAGCCAGACAUAAGCACCAGUGAUAUGUCAGCAGAGCAGCAUGUAUUGAACAUCCACGAUCUGAUCUCAGGCCUGCAGCCGCUGGUGCUGUGGAUGUCCAACUCCAUUGAGCUGCUGCACUUCAUCCAUCAUGAGGUCGCCCUUCUCUUAACGUGGAGACAGCAGGACAGUCAGGAAAUGGACAAAGAAUCAAUGGAUUGUCAGAUCCAGUCCACAUGUGCUGCCAGCGAGGAGGCCAUGACAGUACUAGAGGAAGUUAUCAUGUUCACCUUCCAGCAGUGUGUCUACUAUCUCACUAAAAGUCUGUAUGGUGUGCUGCCGGGGCUGCUGGAUAGUAACCCUUUCUCUGAGAGCGGUCAGCUGCGCAUGCCUGCGGGAGUCAGACAAAUCCUGGACGUCCUGAAGGAGGCACUGCACCUGCUCAACACUUUCCAGGUGCACAGCGAGAUCACAUCUCAACUGCUGACCUACCUGUUCUUCUUCACCAACGCCUCGCUCUUCAACACGCUCAUGGAGAGAGGGUCUGGAGGUGGCUUCUACCAGUGGUCUAGAGGAGUGCAGAUCCGGGCCAAUCUGGAUUUGUUGAUGGACUGGAUUCAGAGCAUUGGUAUGGGAGAUUUGGCUGCUGACUUCUUCCAGAGACUCUCUUCUGCCGUCAACCUGCUCGCAACUCCCAAAGAGACCCUACUGCAGGCUUCAUGGUCCACUCUGAGAGCUGAGUUUGUUAAUCUGAACCCUGCACAGCUGCAUCACAUGCUAAGAGAGUACAACAUUGCUCGGACGUCCCCUCUAUGCUGGAGGCCAUCUCCAGAGGAUUCAGCAGCUGCCCUCAAUACCGCUAAUAUCCUGGAAAGUUUCGACAGCCAUCCUCCUCUAAUCCUGCCCAGCAGCAUUUUUAAUCUGGAGCUGGGGACUCCCAUCACAGAGCCAGGGCUGUUCACUCCUCUCCGGCAUCUGCAGGAGUUUAUCCAGUCUCUCCCAGACAGCCAGACACAGCCUGACCAGCAGUCCUCACAGGGCUCCUGCAGUAACUUGACUGAAGAGACCGCAUCUGAACCCAUGACCCAAGAUUCAGAGUCAAAGGAUCAGCAAUGUGUCAGCAUGACACCACCUCAGUUUCAGGGGUCUCACAGUAACCUGAGCUCGUGUGAGGCCGUCCUGACCCAGAAACUUAAGUGCUUGGAGCUCCAAAACAGCCUGGCUGUGAAUACAGACCUGUGCUACCACAAAAGUCUGGCUCUCGACCCCUCCUGCCUGCUGACUCCUCCCAACACCCCUCAGAGUCUUGACCAAGCCGAACUUGAAGCCAGCCUGCUGGAGGGGGUGGCCCAGCAGACGGCACGCCAGCACAGGAAAGAAAACACAGAGCGAAGAACAGAGGAAGAUGAAGAUGAUAGAGGUGAGGUGUUCACCGUAGAGCUGAUAAAAGGACCUCAUGGUCUUGGGCUGGCGCUGGUGGAUGGAAUGAAAACUCCUCUGCGAGUGAGUGGAAUCUACGUGAAGUCAGUGGUGCCCAAUUCCCCAGCAGCCCUCAGUCAGAGACUAAGAGAGGGCGACUGCAUCCUGGCUGUCAAUGGAGUCAGUCUGGUGGGAAUGGACUACCACAGUGGAAGAGAACUCAUCCGGACGUCCAGCGAUUCGCUUCAAUUACUGGUGGCCAAAACUGAAUCCGGGAGCUUGAUCACCAGAUGCUGAGAAACGAAACAGACUCGUCUGGAUGAUUGACUGUAUCUUUGGACUGAUCGUUCCUCACUGAUUCAUUCAGUCAGAUCUCAGGAACUGGAACUCAGAUGUAUUCCUGAAACCAAAGGAAGUCCAUUCAAAUGGAUUCAUUAAUGUUGUUGUUUGUGUUCUUGUUCUUGUUGCUUCUGCUGGCUUUGUCUCUUUGUCUCUGGCUGUUGGUGGAUCUACCAAAGUCUCAAAUGGCCAGAAUGAUAUGUUGAUUUCUUCUUUUUAUAGUAGCGGUUAUUUAACACUUUUCUUGGUUUCUUUUUUGUAACAUAGUUUACUAGAUGUUUUCUAGUGUUUUAUUUUUGUUUACGAUCUGUCCGUCUGUCAUUUUCUGGUUUCCUGAGAAAUGUUGUGGUCCAGACAGGGUGAUUUCAGUUUCCCUAAAGCUCAAACUGGAAGAGCAAGAGUCACACAAAUCCAUUCUCUGUUCAUGACAUCCAAAUACUGCUGGAUAUAUCAGUCAGAACCACUUUCGAUUUUAGUCAGUUUUUAAUAUUUAGCCAAAGUCUCACUUUUAAUGUACUGAUGUUAUGAAAACUGUACCAUUUUCACAUGGAUGCCAUUGUUGUUAUUAUUACUUGUGAGGUUCCUGAUGUCAUAAAUGAUGUUCUUCCUCAGUUCCAGAGAAACAGUGUUAUAUUGUGUCAUCAGUGUUCAUGAUGGGAUUAAAAAAGCAUUUGUUUGUCAUAUUUAUUGCUAACUGUUAAUGUAAUGUUAGUGUAAUAUUUGAUUUCUUGAAGGAAAAGAGAUAAACUGGUUUUGUUUGUUGUUGACUUUUAA